CUCCGGCAGGGGGUGUGGGCCGCGCUGAGCGGCGGCUGGUACUACGACCCGCACCAGGCCACCUUCGUGAACGCGCUGCACCUCUACCUGUGGCUCUUUUUGCUCGGCCUGCCCUUCACCCUCUACAUGGGCUUCACGCUAUUAUGGAUCAGGCUAGUCUGGAAUUCACUGCAGAGGGUCUUGAAUUCCUGGCAGUCUUCCUGCUUCAGCCUCCCAAGUGCUAGCAGUUACCACGCCCAGUUCGUUUUUACAGCUCUUAAUGGUUGAAAGAAAUCAGAGGCCCUUCCUUCCUCCAUGAUUAUCGUAGCAGUUUAUUGUCCUGUGGUAGCUGCUGUUUUCAUUGUUCUGAAGAUGGUCAACUAUCGACUACACAGAGCUCUUGAUGCUGGAGAAGUUGUGGAUAGGAAUGCAAAGGAGUUCACAGAUCAGCGAGCCAAAGCUGAACAAGGCAACUGCUCCACAAGGAGGAAAGACAGCAAUGGUCCAAGCGAUCCUGGUGGAGGGAUUGAGAUGUCGGAGUUCAUUCGAGAGGCCACACCUCCAGUUGGUUGCAGUUCAAGAAAUUCUUAUGCUGGUCUGGAUCCAAGUAACCAGAUUGGAUCUGGCUCCUCUCGUCUUGGAACAGCAGCAACUACUAAAGGAGAUACAGACACUGCUAAAACUUCUGAUGAUAUAAGUUUAAGUCUGGGCCAGAGCUCUAGUCUUUGUAAAGAAGGAAGUGAAGAACAAGAUUUGGCAACAGAUCGGAAGCUCUUCCGUUUGGUCUCCAAUGACUCCUUCAUCUCUAUUCAGCCUUCCUUGUCCUCCUGCGGACAGGACUUACCAAGGGACUUCAGUGACAAAGGGAGCCUGCCAAGCCAUAGCCACCACCACCACGUGGACCAGUCUCUGUCCAGUGCCUGUGACACAGAAGUAGCUUCUCUUGUACCUUUACAUUCACACUCUUACAGGAAAGAUCACCGGCCACGAGGUGUGCCUCGGACUUCCAGCUCUGCUGUGGCUUUUCCCGACACAUCACUAAAUGACUUCCCUCUUUAUCAGCAGAGACGAGGGUUAGAUCCCGUUAGUGAGUUGGAGUCUUCUAAGCCGCACUCCGGAUCCAAAGAAUCCCUAGUGGAAAAGUCUUGUUUACCUGGAGAGUUUCAGCUUGCCAGUGACCUGAAAAAAAGCAAUUCUCAGCCACCCAUAAAAAGUGGGAAGAGCCGAGCCCUGGAUGCCGACAAAAGCAUGGACAGCCUGCGGAGCCUGAGCACCCGGAGCAGCGGCUCCACGGAGAGCUACUGCAGCGGCACGGACCGCGACACCAACAGCACGGUCAGCAGCUUCAGGAGUGAGCAGACCAGCUCCACUCACAUCGAGAGCCUGCUGUCGGAGCACGAGGAGUCGCCCCACGCGGGGAGGAGGCGUCCCCAGAAGGGCGAGGGCGGGCCGGAUCCGGAGGAGAGGAGCAGCGGUGCCAGUGGCCGAAGGAUGAGCGGGGACAAGGCUGCCCCCGAGGCAGGCGAGGCCCGGGCCCCCGGGGAGGAGGCAGACCAGCGAGCCCCAGGCAGCUCUGCGUCGGAGGAUGCCAACCGGAACCCACACGCCAACCAGUUCACUGCGCCCGAGGACACGCCUGAGAAGGCUGCCCCGGGCAUCGACGCUGAGGCUAGAGAUGCCCAGGAAAACCAUGCUCCGGCCACAGACGCCUCGGGCAGCCUUGCCCCGGCCACAGACGCCCCGAGCAGUCAUGCCCGAGCCAAAGACGCCCCGGCUGAGGCCAAGGCGUUUGGGGACACGGGAGGUGGGCCGAGGGACGGGGACGUGCGCCCCAAGUCCUCCAGCCUGGUCCACCGCACAACCUCCGCACACAAGUCGGGCAGGCGGCGGACGGGCAAGAAGCGGGCUAGCAGUUUUGAUUCCAGUCGGCACCGGGACUACGUGUCCUUCCGGGGCGUCUCCGGAGCCAAGCCACACAGCGCCGUGUUUUGUCCCGACGAGGACUCGAGUGAUCAGAGCGACCUGAGUCGCGCGUCCAGCGUCCAUUCUGCCCACCAGUUCAGCAGCGACAGCUCCUCCAGCACCACCUCGCACGCCUGCCGUUCCCCCGAGGGCAGGUACAGCGUGCUCAAGACCAAACACGCGCACCGGGAGAGGGGCGCAGACCCCGACCACACGCACAAAGCUCACUCGGGGCCCGAGGGUGCCGGCAAGCGGCGGGCCACGCGCAGGACCUCCAGCGCUCACGGUGCCAAGACGCGCGCGCGGGUGCUGAGCCUGGACAGCAGCACGGUGGCCUGCUUGAACGACUCCCACCGGCUCCUGGCGCCCGAAAGCGCAAAGCCCCUAACCACUUCCAAGUCUGAUCUCGAGGCCAAAGACGGAGAGGUGCUAGAUGAGCUGUCUUUGCUGGGACGGGCUUCCCAGCUGGAGACAGUCACUAGAUCCAGGAAUAGUUUGCCAAGCCAAGUUGAAUUUCCUGAAGGGGAAGAGCAAGAUGUGGCCGGUGGAGCAGCACAGGCCAGCGAGGAGACAGUGGCAUUUCGCCGUGAACGCAGCACAUUUAGGCGCCAGGCAGUACGGCGCCGGCACAAUGCAGGGAGUAACCCUACCCCUCCUACCUUGCUCAUCGGAUCACCCCUAAGCCUUCAAGAUGGUCAGCAAGGCCAGCAGUCCACAGCCCAGGUCAAAGUCCAGUCCCGCCCCCCAUCCCAGGCUGCAGUGCUCAGUGCUAGUGCCUCCUUGCUGGUGAGAAAAGGGAGUGUCCACUUAGAAGCCUCACAUGACCAUGCAUCUGCUGUAGGCGGUAGCAGUUUGCAGGAUGAACUUGGUAAGUUCUCUUCUACGCUCUAUGAGACUGGUGGCUGUGAUAUGUCACUCAUGAAUUUCGAACCAGCAACAAGAAGGGCAUCCAAUAUCUGUGACACAGAUUCUCAUGUAUCCAGUUCUACCUCAGUUCGAUUUUAUCCACAUGAUGUGCUCUCUCUCCCACAGAUUCGGUUGAACAGGCUGCUGACCAUUGAUACAGAUUUGUUGGAGCAACAGGACAUUGAUUUAAGCCCUGAUUUGGCAGCCACUUAUGGCCCAACAGAAGAAGCUGCCCAAAAGGUUAAGCACUAUUACCGCUUUUGGAUCCUACCCCAGCUAUGGAUUGGCGUUAACUUUGACAGACUCACACUUUUGGCGCUGUUUGAUAGAAACCGUGAGAUCCUGGAGAAUGUAUUAGCUGUCAUCCUGGCUAUUCUUGUGGCUUUUUUGGGAUCCAUUCUUCUCAUCCAAGGCUUCUUCAGAGACAUCUGGGUGUUCCAGUUCUGCCUGGUCAUAGCUAGCUGUCAGUACUCACUGCUCAAGAGUGUUCAGCCAGAUUCCUCUUCUCCCAGACAUGGCCAUAACCGCAUCAUCGCCUACAGUAGACCAGUCUACUUCUGCUUAUGUUGUGCUCUUAUUUGGCUCUUGGAUUAUGGCAGCAGACACCUAACCACAACCAAAUUCAGAUUAUAUGGAAUAACUUUCACCAAUCCACUAGUGUUUAUAUCAGCCAGGGAUUUGGUUAUUGUGUUUACACUCUGUUUCCCUAUAGUGUUUUUCAUUGGCCUCCUGCCUCAGGUGAACACAUUUGUACUGUACCUUUGUGAGCAGUUGGAUAUCCAUAUCUUUGGUGGGAAUGCCACCAGCAGCCUCCUGGCUGCACUGUACAGUUUCCUUUGCAGUGUUGUGGCUGUUGCCUUGCUGUAUGGACUGUGCUACGGAGCUUUAAAGGAUUCCUGGGAUGGCCAGCACAUUCCAGUACUUUUCUCUGUGUUUUGUGGUUUGUUAGUGGCAGUGUCAUAUCAUCUCAGUCGACAAAGCAGUGAUCCAUCUGUACUUUUUUCUUUGAUGCAAUCCAAGAUUUUCCCCAAAACUGAAGAGAAAAACCCAGAGGACCCUCUGUCUGAAGUAAAAGACCCACUGCCUGAAAAACUUAGAAAUUCUGUGAGUGAGCGUUUGCAGUCUGACCUAGUAGUGUGCAUUGUCAUUGGGGUGCUGUAUUUUGCUAUUCAUGUGAGCACAGUAUUCACAGUACUGCAGCCUGCGCUCAAGUAUGUGCUGUACACUCUGGUCGGCCUUGUGGGUUUUGUAACCCAUUACGUGUUGCCACAAGUUAGGAAACAGCUACCAUGGCACUGUUUCUCACAUCCUCUGCUGAAGACCGCGGAGUACAAUCAGUAUGAAGUUCGAAAUGCAGCCACCAUGAUGUGGUUUGAAAAACUUCACGUGUGGUUUCUCUUUGUGGAGAAGAAUGUCAUCUAUCCACUGGUUGUUCUCAAUGAACUUAGCAGCAGUGCAGAGACAAUUGCCAGCCCAAAGAAACUUGAUACAGAGUUGGGUGCUUUGAUGAUCACCAUUGCCGGCUUGAAGCUGCUGCGGUCCUCUUUUAGCAGCCCUGCGUAUCAGUACGUCACAGUCAUCUUUACCGUGCUCUUUUUCAAAUUUGACUACGAAACCUUUUCAGAGACCAUGCUGUUAGAUCUCUUCUUCAUGUCCAUACUGUUCAACAAGCUUUGGGAACUUCUGUAUAAAUUGCAGUUUGUGUACACCUACGUCGCCCCCUGGCAGAUCACAUGGGGCUCUGCUUUCCACGCAUUUGCUCAGCCCUUUGCAGUGCCCCACUCAGCCAUGUUGUUCGUCCAGGCGGUGCUUUCGGCCUUCUUCUCCACCCCGCUGAACCCCUUCCUGGGAAGUGCGAUAUUCAUUACUUCAUAUGUUCGACCUGUGAAAUUCUGGGAGAGAGACUAUAACACAAAACGAGUGGACCAUUCAAAUACCAGAUUGGCUUCCCAGCUUGAUAGAAAUCCAGGAUCAGAUGACAACAACCUAAAUUCCAUCUUCUAUGAACAUUUAACCAGAUCCCUGCAGCACAGUCUCUGUGGUGAUUUGCUGCUGGGACGGUGGGGAAACUACAGCACAGGGGACUGUUUCAUCCUUGCCUCUGACUAUCUCAAUGCUUUAGUACACCUUAUAGAGAUAGGCAAUGGCCUGGUCACUUUCCAGCUGCGAGGACUCGAAUUCAGAGGUACCUAUUGUCAGCAGCGAGAAGUGGAGGCCAUUACAGAAGGCGUAGAAGAAGAUGAAGGGUUUUGCUGUUGUGAACCUGGCCAUAUCCCUCAUGUGCUUUCAUUUAACGCUGCAUUUGGCCAGCGCUGGCUAGCUUGGGAAGUGAUAGUCACUAAGUACAUUCUGGAGGGGUACAGUAUCACUGACAACAGUGCUGCGUCCAUGCUUCAAGUCUUUGAUCUUCGGAAAGUACUUACCACUUACUACGUCAAGGGUAUCAUUUAUUAUGUUACAACCUCCUCUAAGUUGGAGGAGUGGCUGGCUAAUGAGACCAUGCAGGAAGGGCUGCGUCUGUGUGCAGACCGAAAUUAUGUUGACGUAGACCCAACAUUCAACCCAAAUGUGGAUGAAGACUAUGACCAUCGGCUGGCAGGCAUUUCCAGGGAGAGCUUCUGUGUGAUUUACCUCAACUGGAUAGAGUACUGCUCUUCCCGGAGGGCAAAGCCAGUGGAGGUGGACAAAGAUUCAUCCCUGGUGACUCUUUGUUAUGGACUGUGUGUUCUGGGACGGAGAGCUCUGGGAACCGCAUCCCACAAUAUGUCCAGUAAUUUAGAGUCAUUCCUCUAUGGAUUGCAUGCCCUAUUUAAAGGAGAUUUCCGGAUUUCUUCAAUUCGAGAUGAGUGGAUCUUUGCUGACAUGGAAUUGUUAAGAAAAGUAGUCGUCCCUGGAAUCCGCAUGUCCAUCAAACUCCAUCAGGAUCAUUUCACUUCCCCGGAUGAGUAUGACGACCCCACUGUGCUCUAUGAAGCCAUCGUGUCUCAUGAAAAGAACCUGGUGAUAGCCCACGAAGGGGACCCUGCGUGGCGGAGCGCUGUUCUUGCUAACUCUCCUUCACUGCUGGCUCUGCGGCAUGUCAUGGAUGAUGGCGCCAACGAGUACAAGAUCAUCAUGCUCAACAGACGCUACCUGAGCUUCAGAGUCAUCAAGGUCAAUAAGGAGUGUGUCCGAGGUCUUUGGGCUGGACAACAGCAAGAGCUUGUUUUUCUCCGGAACCGGAACCCAGAGAGAGGGAGCAUCCAGAAUGCAAAGCAGGCUCUGCGGAACAUGAUAAACUCCUCUUGUGAUCAGCCUAUUGGCUACCCCAUCUUUGUGUCACCCCUGACAACAUCUUAUUCUGACAGCCAUGAACAGCUCAAAGAAAUUCUUGGGGGUCCUAUCAGCUUGGGAAAUAUCAGAAACUUCGUUGUGUCCACCUGGCACAGGCUAAGGAAAGGUUGUGGAGCUGGCUGUAACAGUGGUGGCAAUAUUGAAGAUUCUGACACUGGAGGUGGGACUUCCUGUCCUGGUAACAGUGCCACAACUGCCGGUGAGCCUCAUAACAACGCACCCCAGGGAAGCACCGGAUAUCCUGGACAGGGAUCUGGAACAGGACUCCACCCGCCUGUCACUUAUCCUCCAGCACUAGGCACCAGCCACAGUGCCCACUCCGUGCAGUCGAGCCUGGUCAGACAGUCCCCCGCCCGAGCCUCCGUGGCCAGCCAGUCUUCCUACUGCUACAGCAGCCGGCACUCAUCCCUCCGGAUGUCCACCACGGGCUUUGUGCCCUGUCGGCGCUCCUCCACCAGCCAGAUAUCACUUCGAAACUUGCCAUCAUCCAUCCAAUCCCGCCUGUCCAUGGCAAACCAGAUGGAAGUCACGAGCCAGAGUGGCAUGGCCUGUGUACAGCAUGGCCUGCCCUCCUCCAGCAGCUCCAGCCAAAGCAUCCCGGCCUGCAAGCAUCAUACCCUCGUGGGCUUUCUUGGGGCGGAGGGAGGUCAGAGCAGUGCCUCUGAUGCCCAGCCAGGCAACAUCUUAAGUCCUGCAAACAAUGCACAUGCCAGAAAGGGGGAAGUGAUUUACAGAGUCCAAAUUGUGGAUCCCAGUCAAAUUCUGGAAGGAAUUAACCUGUCAAAAAGGAAAGAGCUGCAGUGGCCUGAUGAGGGAAUUCGGUUAAAAGCUGGGAGAAGCAGCUGGAAAGACUGGAGUCCUCAGGAGGGCAUGGAAGGCCAUGUGAUUCACCGAUGGGUGCCUUGCAGCAGAGACCCAGGUACGAGGUCCCACAUCGACAAGGCAGUGCUUCUGGUUCAGAUUGAUGACAAAUACGUGACUGUCAUUGAAACUGGGGUACUGGAACUUGGGGCUGAAGUGUAAGCCGAUACUUUGUACCUCCGUUUCUUUUCUCCUGCCUCCCAGACCUUAGGGAGAAAGAGCAAGGUCACAGAAGAUCUGCCUGCAGGAAUCACCUCGGUCCUCUGUGGGAGAGACCUGAACAGUGACUUGGCUAAGCGCCUCUCCUUCACCCUGACUCCUGUCACUGUCCUCAUCCCCAAAUAAAGCUGAAAUAUUUUUUUAAGUUAGCUGCUGAGAAAACAUUUUGCAUGACAGAUAAAGUUCUGUUAAAACACAUCUUUAAAAGGCUUUCCUACGCAUCACCUGUGCUUUCAGUCCACAAACUCUUCGUUUCUAAACUAUGAUCUCAUAUUUUUCUAAUUUCUUUGCCAAAAACAACUGCCAUGGUUUUUGUCAUAGAAAAUGAAAUCUGUUGACCAUGAUUUUUACAAACAGACCCAUGUGGAAGCAUUCAGUUUGACACAUAGCAGUAUAAGAAUUUAAUGUACAGCAAGAAAAGAUGACUAGACGUAGAUUUAUCUUAUUCCUUGAGCACUAAAAACUUUAAUAAAAAGAAAACUGCACUAAUUUUUUACAACGAUGCACUAAAUCUGAGAUUUCUCAGAACAUUUAUUUAUAUAUAAAAAUAAAAUACCAUUAUUUAAAUUGCCUUUGGGAUUGCCCCUCCCUUUCCUGAUACAUGGAGUCGGCAGAGCCUGCGGCUUGUUUCCUGUUAGUGGUCUGUAUUUCAUUUCUGUGUGUUGGAUGUGGUCUUCAAGAUGAGCAUGAACUCUCAAGAUACACAGCUUCAUCCUCAACAUGUCCUGGAGCACCACCAACAGCUGCCCUCACAUCUCAUAGGGUUCAUCAUGUGUGCUCUGCUUCUCCUGUUCCCGGCAUGCUCUGCUGGGGCCAGUUCUGGAACAUGAUUUUGCUUUUCAAAGAAGAUGAUGAACAUCCAGGAACUUAAAGGAUCGAUUGCCUUUAUUUGAAGAGUUCCUAGCUCUUGAAGUUAUUUACAUGAAGUUCAGUUUCUCAAGUAAAGUUUUUUUCAAUCAGAAUUGCCCAAGUGGUGCGACUUCUCUUGUUACAUCCUUUAAUAACUGAUUCCUGUUUCCUCCUUUUCUUUUUCUGUUACUUGAAUUUAUUUCCUGUAAUUUAUGAUGUAUACCUGUCAUUUGAAAUAUUUAUAACUGUGAAAUUGACUUAAUUCAUAUGUGGUCUCAUAAAUUAUAUUGGUUUUUUUUUAAAGAGCAUGUAUUCAGGGAAAUAGAGAUCUUGGACUUACAAUUCGGCUAUGUGGAAACUGCGAUUUAGAUUUAAUUUGCAUCUUUAAGCAUUUUUUUAAAUUCUUAAAAAUUUCCCUUUAGUUUGAAACGCCAAAGAAAACUAACCAUCUCCUCUGAGCCUUUAGGAGCAGCCAUCUUUCUACCCUGUGUACAGACAAUAGAAAGAAGGUCAAGUUCAUUUGAUAUUUUGUGUUUAAACUAAUGCAUCUAAACUCUGACUAUUUCAGCAUGAGGCACUGACCAGCUUUCAGCACUCAGUAGCGCCUUGUGCCCAGCAACUACUGUGCCCCUCACACAGAUUUCCAUUAUCUGUGGAGGUGACGGGAGAGAGCUGCUUUUCCUCCUGGUUGGGACGUAGCUCUUGGUCUGUCAGGGUGCUAAGGAGAGAGGAUGAAAGCGAAAAGCAAACCGUGGGCAUACGCAGCCUUCCUGCACUUACACUUCACAACCUGGUUGCUCUCCCUUUUUUUAAUUCUAAAACCGAUGGCCACUCGGAACCCGACGCGCCUUCUGUUGACAUUCCCGUAGACGUCAAACUUUGCAAACUUUACUGUUUAAAAAGUAUUUGUCACAUAAUUUAUUGAACUUUACACAAAGAAACCUUUCUAAAUUGACUAUUUUAAAAUGCAUUUUCCUGCUACCGUCAUUACAUUCAGAGUUUGCCACAUUUGGGCAAAUCCAUGGCAUAACGUAAGUUCGGAGUGGUGUUUUUCUGACUAAAUAUAUGAUCUGUGUGUUUUUAAAAUCUUCUCAAAGGACUUAGGCUCUCUGUUGCUUAUUCCCUAUUUAAAAUGAAUAUGAUCUUUUCAUGGUCAUCCUAGAUGGGGAAAUAAGUGGAAGGUUUUCAAUCUGAGAUGGAAGAUAAUCUAUUUUCCCCACACAGGAAAAAAAAACAAAAAGCUCAACUUUAGAUUAUUCAAUCAGAAGGGCUGGAAUUCUUUUUAUUCCUGGCUACCCCUCCUCAGAUAACUGUUAGACCAUCAUAUGCUCUAAAAGUCAGAUUUCAUAUGCAAGCCUAGAUUUUGUAUGGCACAUAUAUAUGUCGUCUUAAUUUGAGACAGUUGAACAUUUUUCUUAAAACAGAUUAUCUUUCAUGAUCACAUAAUACUUUGUUAAAUUUAUACAUUAGAAACCUCGAGAGAAACCCUGUUCUUAUUUUUUUUUUAUCUAAACUGAUAGUCUUAAAGAAAAAUAUUACUUUUCUAAUUAUAGCAUGGUUUCAUAGCGAAUUGGAGGAAGAUUCAUGUCAUCAGAUUAAAUUGAUCGUAAAUGUUUUUGCCCUGUACCCCCUGGAUAGUGAGCUGUUUUAGAUUUUCUGCUUCGCCUUUCUAACAGAAGUAGAGGACUCCAGCAUACCUCAGUGCUUUUAGUCCACGAGUGCCAAAACUUCAGAGUUCCAUAAUUUGCAAGUCAUUAAAACGUUUCAUUUAGUAGAGCUGCUCGGUUGAAGGCUUUGUUGUCGUCUUAGUCGCUCCCUGCUUUACCCGCCUUGAGAGGACAAUCCUGGAAUGGCCUGUUUUCAUCUUCCGUGGCAAAAAAGAAAAAAAAAACUACUUGUAGUUGUAAACUCAGCUUUUGGUUGGCCUUUCAACUUGUACCCUGGUGUAAACUCUUUUGUACACCACUUUCAACAGUUGGUAAAACUUUUAAUGUUGACUUUUUGCUAAAGAGCUUUAAUUUUUCCAAGAAUCUAGAUUAACGUAAAGAUGCUGAUAUUUAUGGAACUUGGGAGAGGUGUGGUGAAGCGGUAUGAGUAUUUUUAAAGAUAAGAUUAAUUACUUUUUAGGAAACUAGUGAACAAAUUUAAUCUGUAUUCUGACUUCUCUGGGUUUCCGUUAGUAGAGGAUUCAAUUCUGUUAGAUUUGAGAUAUUUUGAAAGGAAAAAUAUUUCAAGUAUAUCUGAAAUACUUCUUGGUCUCAAACCAGAAGAUAGCGGACAAUGUUUCUCUCUAGAAGGAUGUGUGGAAAUGACUCUGGGUACCAGCUCUCAAGCAGUGCACAUGCAGAUUCUCCCAUAGGAAAUCAGCUCGUUAAGAAGCUUUCUGGAGUGUUUUCUUUUUUCAUCUCCUAUCACAUAUAAAAUGCAGCUUCACAUCUAGACAAGACUAACGACGUCAGCUUCACAUCUAGACAAGGCUAGCUUGGUGUCAACUUCACAUCUAGGCAAAGCUAGCUUGGCCAUACUCACUUCUGCUUGGUUUCUGAGCAGUGUCCUUCCCCUCUGUGUGGGAACUUGGAUGGAUCACUGUCAAGUCAUUCAUCUAGAACUGGGUCUUUUCAAUUUAUGAUUUACCCAGUAUCUAAAAUUGUCUCUUUUUGAAGCUAAAUUUCAAGCUUCCUUUUUCUCAAAUAUGUGACGAAAAAAAAAAUAAUAAUAAUAAUAGUGUUAUGUGAGAAUUCUUUGAAUUUAUGUUUCCUAGCAACUGAAACUGCUGUCCAGUGUGUUACCUUUACGUUUAAAUGCCUUUUCAUGAAUAUGGGUAGAUUUCUUUCUGGUUUUAGGUUGUCGGUAUCCAGUUUACUCUUUUGUAGUGAUCGUCUAUAAAAUUACUUUGGACACAGACCCAGUUAAUUUUUCCUCAUGGGAUGAUACGUUGUUCAACUAAGAUCCAUCCCUUCCCCCUCCAGAGGCAUUUUCUUUAGCUCCAAGGUGAGCAGAGACAAUGUCAGUCGAGGUUAAGAUGGUGCAUAGAGCUUGUUAAUGACCUUUGAACUUUCUGUUUCAAAUGUGCAUCUUGAGUUUUAUUCAUCAGGAGAAAGGAAAAUUAGAUGCUACAAUGUAUUUAGGUGGUGUGACUUUUAAGACUAUGUUGGAUACAUUAGGUAUUUUUAAAAUAAGUGUGAAGAAGCCAGCCCCUCUGUUUAUUAAGCACCCAGGCCAUUCUCAGUUGAAACUUUCGACCUGUUCAAGAACUGAAAUUAGAAAGAAUUAUCGUAAAAUAUGUCUAGAAGUUUAUUUUGCUUGGAACCAGAGGUUUAUUUUCUACUAUGAGUUACCUUACCAGAGUCAUCUGUCAAGAAUCAUUUGUGGUAAAGAUUUCUCUCUCGUUGAGAAGUCAGAUAUUCUUUCUGAAUUAGGGUAAACAACUCACUUGUGAGCUGAACUUGGCGAUCUGCCAUUUUGUGGAGUCAGUAUCCCAUUCUUUGGGGGAACCUGAGCUGAUCGCCCCUGCAGGUCUACACACAGCUUUGUCAUCACACUUAUACCUAUGGGAUAGGGUUCUGUAUGUGAUCAUGAUUCAGAGAAGCCUAAUGGAAGGAAUCAAGGUUGUCUGAUAGGUGAGGGUGGGUCCUGAGUGUCACCUGCACUGUAGAGGAUGAGAUGGCUGCUCCAGAUGACUCUAGGGUAUGGUUGUGGUUAAACAGGAUUCCAAACCAAAAUAAUAGAAAUGGGGGAGGGGGAAGCCUACUAGCUUGUGCUUCUUAAAAGCUUAUAGUUUCAGAAUAUUGUAAACACUGAUUAUGUUAACCCUCUUCAGUGUGGCGAGGAGUUCUGCAUGGAGAAAUGGAAGGCGGAAUGUGAGGAGUGAUUGUGGGAGAGCGGGCCUGCGGAAGGAGGGGCUUCCCCCUUUCUGAUUAUGGGUUCUGGAAGGUCAUGCCUUUACCAGCAUUCAAUGUACACCAGAGAUGUGUUCUUGCACAUGUCUGUGAGCACGCACAUUCAUGUGUGUGUGUGUAUGUGUGUGUGAGUGUUACUAUAAACUGCUUGUAAAUACUAUAGUUGUUUAAGAUGGAAAAUAAAAGCUAAAGGAUCUUUUGGCAAAUAUAUUGCAUCAAAAUAUACAGUAUUGACCGUGGAUAAAACACAGGAAAUAAAUUUUUUUUCAUUUUGC